AUGGGCAAGGCUCCUAGUCAGGGUACUCGCCAUCACGCACGAACAGCACCCUACCCAACAGCCACCCCAACUCCAACUACCCCAUACGAGCCUCGCACACCUCCUCUAACCAUCGAUGACAAACCGACCAACUCAGCAUGGCUGCCAAAGAACGAUAGCCUCCUUCAACAACUCCGCUCACAAGGUCACAAUUGGCAGUCCAUUGCCAGUAACCACUUCCCGGACAAGACUCCUAAUGCGUGUCGCAAGCGUUAUGAGCGACUCAUGGAGAGGAAAACCGCGGCUGACUCUUGGGAUCAUUCUAAGAUGGAAGCACUCGGCAAGGCUUACCUUGAAGUGCGCGAGGAGAUGUGGACCUUGCUUGCCAACAGAGUUAACGAAAAGUGGCAAACGGUCGAGUCCAAAGUACGAUUGCAAACCAUUCCCGUUGUGAGCCUAGAGACUGACAUUGACUAG